UGGUUCUCACACGGCGCCUAUAAAUACCGUACCUUUCCUAUACUUUCUUCUCCCCUGUCAACAAAUUCAUCAAAAAACAGGGCCUCUAUCUACUAUCAAUUGUCACUGUAUUUCACCGCUUCAAUUUAUACUCAUAUCCGUGUAUCAUACAGCUCCAAAGCUUAUCUCUGCACACACAGCCAAAAAUGGACCCUUAUUCGCUGCAUCUAGCAAUGGCGGCACUAUUCGGAGCGUCGUUCGUGGCGGUCUCGGCGUAUUAUAUGCACAGAAAAACCCUAAACCAGUUGCUUGAGUUUGCUAAGGCGAUAGAGAGUGGCAGAGAGGACGCGGCGGCGGCGGCGGCGGUGGAGGACGGCGGUGGUGCGGCCGAGCUCGUGAAGGAGUAUCCUACCAGGCGGAGGAGGAAGGGGGACGGAGGGUACUACCGCCGCGGUUCGGCGUCUUUGCCGGACGUGACGACGUUUUCCGGCGGCGGGGUGGGUGAGGUGGACGAGAAAAGGAAUGGUCCGGUGCAUGUGGAUGGUAUUCCGGUGGGGUUGCCGAGGCUUCGCACGCUCCCUGAAGGGAACUCUUGUAAUGCGAGUUCAACAAACAGAGUUGGACAUACCCCCAAAUCUCCUGUUGCCAGUGCAUUUGAAAGUGUAGAAGGGUCAGAUGACGAAGAAAUUAUGACUGAUAGUGCUAAGCUAGACCCUACAUAUCUUCAUACUAAUGGAAAUGCAAAUGUAUCCGAGCCUACAAAUGCAAAUGGUGAAGCAAUAACCGUUGCUGCAAGCAUGAUUCGCUCUCAUAGUGUAUCUGGUGACCUGCAUGGAGUUCAACCUGAUCCUGUAGCAGCUGAUAUUCUAAGGAAAGAACCAGAGCAAGAGACGUUUGUGCGAUUGAGAAUUUCCCCUACUGAGAUGCCAUCGCUGGAUGAAGCGGAGGUCUAUCGUGCACUCCAAGAUUGCCUUGAAUUGCGGAGAAGUUAUGUCUUUAAAGAAGCUGUUGCUCCAUGGGAGAAGGAAAUUAUAUCUGAUCCGAGUACCCCAAAGCCGAUCGAGAAUCCAUUUAAUCAUACUCCUGUGGGGAAGUCGGAUCACUACUUUCAAAUGGAAGACGGGGUGGUUCAUGUUUACGCGAAUAAAGAUUCAAAAGAGAAACUUUUUCCUGUGGCUGAUGCCACAACAUUUUUCACCGACCUGCAUCAUAUUCUUAAAGUCAUAGCAGCUGGUAAUAUCCGAACUUUAUGCCACCACAGGCUGGUUCUUCUAGAGCAGAAAUUCAACCUUCAUCUUAUGCUUAAUGCGGACAGAGAAUUUUUGGCUCAGAAAAGUGCACCGCAUAGAGAUUUUUAUAAUGUUAGGAAAGUUGACACACAUGUUCAUCACUCUGCCUGCAUGAAUCAGAAGCACCUUCUAAGGUUUAUUAAGUCGAAGUUGAGGAAGGAACCAGAUGAGGUUGUUAUAUUCCGAGAUGGGACAUAUCUGACCUUAAAAGAAGUGUUUGAGAGCUUGGACUUAACUGGGUAUGACCUCAAUGUUGACCUUUUGGAUGUUCAUGCUGACAAAAGCACCUUUCAUCGCUUUGACAAGUUCAAUUUGAAGUACAAUCCCUGUGGUCAGAGUAGAUUGAGAGAAAUAUUUUUAAAACAAGAUAAUCUCAUACAAGGUCGUUUUCUUGCUGAAUUAACUAAGCAAGUGUUUACAGAUCUGGAAGCAAGUAAAUAUCAAAUGGCUGAAUAUCGAAUUUCAAUAUAUGGCAGAAAGAUGAGUGAGUGGGACCAACUCGCAAGUUGGAUUGUAAAUAAUGACUUAUACAGUGAGAAUGUUGUAUGGCUAAUUCAGCUUCCAAGACUCUACAACAUAUACAAGGAGAUGGGAAUCGUGACCUCAUUUCAGAAUAUCCUCGAUAACAUAUUUCUGCCUUUAUUUGAAGUCACUGUUGAUCCAGAUUCACAUCCACAGUUGCAUGUUUUUCUCAAGCAGGUUGUUGGACUAGAUCUUGUGGAUGAUGAAAGUAAGCCAGAAAGGCGGCCUACAAAACACAUGCCUACUCCAACUCAAUGGACCAAUAUAUUCAAUCCUGCAUUUUCGUAUUAUGCGUACUACUGUUAUGCUAACCUUUACACGCUGAACAAGCUUCGCGAAUCCAAAGGUAUGACAACUAUCAAGUUUCGACCUCAUUCUGGAGAGGCUGGUGAUAUUGAUCAUCUUGCUGCAACAUUUCUCCUCGCCCACAAUAUUGCCCACGGGAUUAAUCUUAGAAAAUCUCCCGUGCUUCAGUACUUAUACUACCUAGCCCAAAUUGGUCUUGCCAUGUCUCCUUUGAGCAACAACUCUUUAUUCCUGGACUAUCAUCGUAAUCCUUUCCCCAUGUUUUUCCUUCGGGGGCUCAAUGUAUCCCUAUCAACUGAUGACCCGCUACAAAUUCACUUGACAAAAGAACCUCUGGUAGAAGAAUACAGUAUAGCGGCCUCUGUAUGGAAGUUAAGUUCGUGUGAUUUAUGUGAGAUUGCUCGUAACUCGGUGUAUCAAUCUGGAUUCUCUCAUGCUUUAAAGUCACACUGGAUAGGUAAGGAGUACUUCAAGCAUGGUCCUGAUGGAAAUGACAUUCAUAAGACAAAUGUACCUCAUAUUAGACUUGAAUUUCGUGACAUGAUAUGGAGGGAGGAGAUGCAGCUGGUAUACUUGGGCAAGGCAGACUUUCCCAGGAACAGGGCCUGUCAGGUUAUUCCGUUAUUGCUUCUUGUAGUUGUUAAAGUGACAGAAAUCAGAAGACUCUGUUCUAGCCAAUUCGGAUUUCAUGCUUGGGCAAAUUAGUGAGGUGAUGGGAGAAGAAUUUUCGAUAAAACUAAGUCGUUUUUUUUUUGUCUGGUUAAUGUAAAAGAGCGUUGACUGGAUCACAAUACAAUCCACUGUCAUAGCUUAUAUUUUCUCAUGGUACUCCCUUUAGUGUAAUAUAUAUGUAGUUCAGUGUGGUGUGUAUUACCAACAAGCUGUGUGUAAUACUUACGCCCUGCCUAAUAAACAAAAUAUUUCCGAAGUGAAAUUCCAUUUUUGUGUGUUGUCAAGAGGGACUUUAGAGAUUAGAGGCAUUUGGUUGAUUUUCUGUUCUGCUUCUUUAUGUUCUUUCGAGAGGACUGUACAAAAUUCAUUGUAAAAUAUGGAACUCUUGAGUGGUUUAAUUAUAUAUAUGGUGCCGAUAUUAUGAUGAUAGUAAA